GCCGUGCCGGAAGGGGCUCAAGAUGGCGGCGGGCGAGGCGGUGGGGCGGUACCGCGGCACCGUGGGCAGGAGCAAGGACCCCUCGGGGCUGCUCAUCUCGGUUAUCAGGACUUUAUCCACCAGUGACGAUGUGGAGGACAGGGAGACUGAGAAGGGCCGGCUGGAGGAGGCCUAUGAGAAGUGUGACCGGGACCUGGACGAGCUGAUCGUGCAGCACUACACGGAGCUCACCACGGCCAUCCGAACCUACCAGAGCAUCACCGAGCGCAUCACCAGCUCCCGCAACAAGAUCAAACAGGUGAAGGAGAACCUGCUGUCCUGCAAGAUGCUGCUGCACUGCAAGAGGGACGAGCUGCGCAAGCUGUGGAUCGAGGGCAUCGAGCACAAGCACGUCCUGAACCUGCUGGAUGAGAUCGAGAACAUCAAGCAGGUCCCUCAGAAGCUGGAGCAGUGCAUGGCCAGCAAGCGCUACCUCAACGCCACCGACAUGCUGGUGUCGGCCGUGGAUUCCUUGGAAGGUCCCCUCCUGCAGGUGGAAGGGCUGAGUGACCUGAGGCUGGAGCUGCACAGCAAGAAGAUGAACCUGCACCUGGUGCUGAUCGACGAGCUGCACCGGCACCUCUACAUCAAAUCCACCAACCGCGUGGGCCAGCGCGGCAAGGACAGGGGCAGGAUCGGCUCCCUGGUGAAAGAUGCCUCUCCUGUGCCUCUGAUGGAUGUCACUAAUUUAUCCACACCUCGGAAGUUCCUGGAAACCUCCCAGUUCAGCACUCCUGGAAGCUCCAGCAUGCGAGACUCGAGCCUGCUGGAAAUCAAGGAAGACACGGAACUGGAUCCAGAGGAGAACAGCAGUGUCUUCAUGGGAAUUCUCAUCAAAGGGCUGGCCAAGCUGAAAAAAAUCCCAGAGACAGUGAAAGCCAUCCAGGAUCGCUUGGAGCAGGAGCUCAAGCAGAUUGUGAAGAGGUCCACGACUCAGGUGGCUGACAACGGUUACCAGAGAGGGGAGAAUAUUUCCCAGGAAAACCAGCCCAGGUAA